CACGCCACAUCCGGUUGUGCAGCAGCCAUUUUGUCUGUUCAUGCAAGUCCACCCCUCACGGUCAAGAACUGCGUUCCCCCCUUCGAAAAUAACCUGAAAUAUUGUAUUUUUUUUGUUGUAUAUUAUGUGGCACUUAUACGGAUUUAAAAAUGACAAGUUCGAAGAUGCCUUUCUCUUCGAAAUAAAUAGCGUAUUUUUUUUUUUAGUUGUGUGCGCGAAUAAUUAAGGUUAUGUCGUGCGAGGAAAGCUACUUAGCCAUCAGACGCUAUCUGACUGACGAGCGGGAGCCGUACGCACCGGGGACCCAUGGCAAUACUAAAAGAAAGAUACGUAAAGCAGCCGCUUGCUAUGUCGUGCGGAAUGGCACACUGUACUACCAGAGAAGGCAGAAGGGCCUGGAUGAAUUCACCGAGUUGGAAGUGGUGUUGCAGGCAGGACGGAGGAAGGAACUGAUCGACGAGUCACACAUUGUCGCCGGAGAAGAGCACCUCAACCAGCAUCACACAUGGGAAUCAAUUUCUCAGAAGUAUUGGUGGAGAGGUAUCCUGAAGCAGGUGAAGGACUACAUGAGACAGUGUAGACAGUGCCAGAACAGACAGGACCGGAGAGGAUUAUCAGAGGACCGGAGAGGAUUCAGACUGGUGGGCCGACCAGGGAGACCAAGGACGGUCACAACCCCAGCCAGUGACGAUGAUGAUGAGGUGGAGGAGGAAGAGGAGGAGGAGAUGGACUUGGUGACUUCCAUUCAUCACAAGACCAAGAGCCCCAGGACUGUGGCUAAACACGAACUGGUCUUUGUGGACAGUAAGGGAGUUGUGAAGCAGUACCUUCCCAGACACGGUCAGACGAUGCUGGACAAGCUGAACCAGCAGCGCCUCAACAACCAGUUCUGUGACAUCACUCUGCUGAUCGAGGGGGAGGAGCACAGGGCCCACAAGGCUGUGCUGGCCGCCUGCAGCGACUACUUUAACGAGCUGUUUAUAGAGAAGGGAGCUGUGUCCAGUCACGAAGCGGUGGUCGACCUCUCAGGUUUCAGCAAGGUCAGUUUCCUCCCCCUGCUAGAGUUUGCAUACACCUCCAACCUCUGCUUCAACUUCUGUGUGAUGGCCGACGUUGCCACGCUGGCCCGACACCUCCUGAUGGCCGAGGUCCUUCAGAUCUGUGAGUCCGUCCACAAGAAGGUAGAAGAGCAGAAGCUGAUGGUCUACCAGCAAGGAGACAUCCACACGGUGGUGACCAGCCAGCCUGCACCCCAACAGGCCCCGAAUGAAGACCCUGGGGCCUACAUUAUGACCAUCGGCAGCGACGGCCAUGCCGUGGUGACUCAUACUGGGCUAGCUGGAGCAGGGGAGGACCUGGACUCCCUGGCUGUCAUGGCAAACACAGCAGAGUCCUUCAGAGGGGAUCUGACAUCUGUAGUCAACCAGGCUCUGGGAGGUGAACCAGAGACUAUGACCGUGGUUGGGGAGGCAGGGUCAGAGACUGUGACUCUAGUCACCCACAGUAGCCAGGCCCGGGUAGGCGAGUCGGUCACCCUCUUCUCCCCUACUGGAGAGCCCGAGACCAUGACUGUGGUCACCCACAGCGGCCAGGCCCGGGUAGGCGAGUCGGUCACCCUCUUCUCCCCUACUGGAGAGACCGAGACCAUGACGGUGGUCACCCACAGCGGCCAGGCCGGAGCCAAUGAGUCCCUGGCCGUGGUGUCAGCCUGUCUGGCCCUGGAGCAACAGCAGCAUGAUGAAGGGGACGAGGCGGACUCCCUCUCCAUGGAGCCGGGGGCCUUCCUCAUCAGCGUGGACCCAGGGAAGGUGGCCCCUACUGAGGUGGUCCAUCUGGCUGUAGAGCCACCUGUAGUCCAGGUGGAUCCAGCACCCCAGGAGGAGGAGACGUUGGCGCACCAGACUGUCGAUCCAGCACCCCAGGAGGAGGAGAGGUCGGCACCCCAGGCCGAGCCACCCGCUGCUCCCCAACCCCCCAAGAGGAAGAGAGGACGUCCUGCCAAAGUGAAGCAUGAGGUGAUCGAGGAGCCAGAGUCUCCUGUCGAGGAGGAGGUGGUGGAGGUGCCAGAGCCGGUCUCUACUCUUGCAGAGGAGGUUCAGAGGACCCAUGACCCCUAUAAGAGACGCCUACGACAGCGCUCCAUGGGGGAGGGGGGGUACGUCAGGCUACACAUGGGGCUGGAGGAGGACAAGGAGGACAAGAAGGGAGCCCAGACCCCACAGCGCCCCAGCACCCCCAAGAGGGGUAGACCCGCCAAGAGGCACGUUGAAGAGAUGGAAGCUGCUGUGGCCGGUAUGGAGAAUGUUGUCCAGGCAGAGACUGAGGGCGUCCAAUCACCAGACGGCAUUCUAUAUGGAGCACCUAUCACAGAGCAGCCUGUGGGGCAGGAGCCAGAGCCGGGUCAAGGCCCCGCGCAGCCAGAUGGAGGGAGUGAGGUGGAGGGAGAACACGCCUGUUCAGAGUGUGGACUGUCGUUUCACAGACGCUAUGCGCUCAUCAUGCACACGCUCAAACACGAGAAGACCCGAGGAUACAAAUGUACUUUAUGUAACAAGGAGUUUCAGUACGCUGCCUCUCUGAGGGCCCAUCUGGCCAGACACAAGCACCAGAAGAGUCAGAGGCCGACCCUGGUCAGGGUCCCCCAGCCCCACGGUGAGGAGGGCCUCGAGGUGGACGGCAGGACCAAGGGACGCACCAAGAGAGAGUUUGUCUGUGACAUCUGUGGAAAGACUCUUCCUAAGCUGUACUCUCUCAGGAUCCACAUGCUCAACCACACUGGGGUACGGCCCCACUCCUGCAGGGUCUGUGGGAAGACCUUCGCUCAUAAACACAGCCUGAAGAUGCACAGAGCUCUACAUGACGCUGCUAAACAGUUCCACUGUCUGCUCUGUGACAAGUCCUUCGUUAGUAAGAGAAGUCUGGAGGAACACACCAGUAUUCACACAGGUGAAUCUAAGUAUCUCUGUACCCAGUGUGGAAGGUCGUUCCACCGAGCCUCUGGUCUGAGUAAACACAUUAAGAGACACCAGCCCAGACCUGAAGUACGAGGAUUCCCCUGCAAUCACUGUGAUAAGAGUUUCUUUGAGGCCAAAGACCUGCAGCAGCACAUGAACAAACACCUGGGACUCAAGCCCUUCCAGUGUCAGGUAUGUGGGAAGUGUUACAGUUGGAAGAAGGACUGGUAUUCCCAUGUGAAGUCCCACAGUGUGGCAGAGCCUUACAAGUGUAACGUCUGUGGUAAGGAGUUCUUUGAGAAGGCCCUGUUCCGGAGACACGUGAAGAAGGCCACGCACGGCAAGAAGGGCCGAGUCAAGCAGAACCUAGAGAGAGAGUGUGAACACUGUGGCAGGAAGUUCACCCAGCUCAGAGAGUACAGACGACACAUGAACAACCACCAGGGAGUCAAACCCUUUGAGUGUCUGACGUGCGGCGUAGCCUGGGCCGACGCCCGCUCUCUGAAGAGACACGUACGAACCCACACCGGCGAGCGCCCUUACGUGUGCCCCGAGUGCCAGGAAGCCCACAUCGAUGCCCGCUCCCUACGGAAGCACAUGACCAAGUACCACGGCGACCUCCUGCCGGGGAAGAUCAUGCUGGAGAAAGAUACGCUACAGUUUCACAACCAGGGUACUCAGGUGGAACACGCCGUCUCCAUCCUGGCUUCUGAUCUCCCCCCCGAGCUCCGGCCCGUCCAGGCACCGCCGGCCGAGGAGAUCGAGACUGUGCUGAUCACGGAGGAGACUGUGGAGGCGGUUCAGGCCGUUCAGGGUGACGGGGUCGCGACCUUGUCGGACCAGAGCAUCAUGCAGGUGGUGAACUAUGUGCUGUCUCAGCAGAGUGUACUGCCUGGGGGGGUGAAGCUGGAGGAGCAAGAGGUUAUACAAACCAUGGAUGUGGUACACAUGGCAGGGGUGGAGUGACGUGACGGGGCAGGGGUGGAGUGACGUGACGGGGCAGGGGUGGAGUGACGUGACGGGGCAGGGGUGGAGUGACGUGACGGACCAGGGGUGGAGUGACGUGACGGACCAGGGGUGGAGUGACGUGACGGACCAGGGGUGGAGUGACGUGACGGACCAGGGGUGGAGUGACGUGACGGACCAGGGGUGGAGUGACGUGACGGACCAGGGGUGGAGUGACGUGACGGACCAGGGGUGGAGUGACGUGACGGACCAGGGGUGGAGUGACGUGACGGACCAGGGGUGGAGUGACGUGACGGACCAGGGGUGGAGUGACGUGACGGACCACUUAGUGGACAGCAAGAAUGACUCGCAUAGCCACUAAUAUCCCUAAUCCUGAACCAGGUGGAGUGACUCUCGUAUCCCUGACCUAUCACAACCCAGGUGGACAGGUUGACACAGGACUGUCAGUCUGAGGUGGAGGAAAGGGGAAUGUGUCAGAUACCUGGGCGGUGUUCAUUAGGGCACAACUGUAGCAAAACAUUCUGCAAUGGAAAACAAUGUGUUCUUAUGAGACGAAUUCAGGUACUGCUCCCUUGUUUUCCCCCAAUUGAACAGGCCCCUCUUGUCUACAGUGGGACAGAAAGGUACAAAGUUGACCAUUUUUUACUGAAUAUAUAGAUUGAACGAACUGAAUUUGAUUUAAAGCUCAAUCCAGUCUUGUGUGUAAAUAGUGGCAGUCAUUUAAAAUAUUCUGUAUUAAUCUGGACGAAGUUGAUGCAUUCAUGAAUCUCACCACAUACCGUUGAAUCUCAGAUAUUUUAUUAAAUGAUAAAAUAAUCCAGUUUUCAUGUUUUAUUUACUAUGUUUGUACAAGCCUUGUUUUAACAUGAGCCUGAUCACUCACCGUCUGGUAUCCCUCACCGUCUGGUAUCCCUCACCGUCUGGUAUCCCUCACCGUCUGGUAUCCCUCACCGUCUGGUAUCACUUCCCCCAUUUAUAAGUUGAAGCUCAACUAGCACCUGCCUCCCCUUUAUAAGUUGAAGCUCAACUAGCACCUGCCUCCCCUUUAUAAGUUGAAGCUCAACUAGCACCUGCCUCCCCUUUAUAAGUUGAAGCUCAACUAGCACCUGCCUCCCCUUUAUAAGUUGAAGCUCAACUAGCACCUGCCUCCCCUUUAUAAGUUGAAGCUCAACUAGCACCUGCCUCCCCUUUAUAAGUUGAAGCUCAACUAGCACCUGCCUCCCCUUUAUAAGUUGAAGCUCAACUAGCACCUGCCUCCCCUUUAUAAGUUGAAGCUCAACUAGCACCUGCCUCCCCUUUAUAAGUUGAAGCUCAACUAGCACCUGCCUCCCCUUUAUAAGUUGAAGCUCAACUAGCACCUGCCUCCCCUUUAUAAG